ACCGUUGGAGCGGCCGCGGUAGCGAAGGCUACGCGCUAGGCGUCAGCGUCAAUGUCCUACGAUGCACGACGAGUCACUUGUUCGCGUACAAGCGCGCCCACUUAGCUCGUAGCCUUCGCUACCGCGGCCGCUCCAACGGUCUACGCGCGCUCUGAUUGGUCGGGGUUUUCUCUUAAUAUCUCCUUAACGAAGCCCCAUCCGACAUUUUUGCAAAGGAAAUUGUUGUUCAGAAUCGUCUCAGCUACCCCCCAUUUUCGGCUCCUCCCCGAGUUUUGGGACACCCUGUAUAUUCUACCUCGAAAUAAAUACAGUAAAUAUCCAAAUAAUCCCCACUUCGUUUCACUUUUCAUUUACGCAUUUUCCCCAAUAAAAAAAAAAAGAAAAAGAAAAAGAAAAAGAAAAGGAAACAUAUCCAAGAUAAGUUGCGUAUUGUCACGUGCGAAGGUGUCGUAACCCCUAAUCCGAUCGCAGACAGUAUUUUCCCAACGAGAGGAGAAAAAUACGCGCCGAGACGCGGAUGGGAGCGAGGACUCGAUUCAUUCUUUCUUUCGAGCCGCGGUGUCUGAGGCUGGACGAUUAGAUAAGAACCAUAGGUUCAUAGUGCGUUCGAGAUGCAGAGCGCAUAAGAGACCAAGAGGCACGAGGACCGGCCUCAGUUAAAGCUGUGUGUGCAUACCGGCGAAUUCGUCUAGCGAAUCGCGAGCAAGUCGAAGGAACGACUGCGAGCGUUCCCGACGCGAGUGCCUCGUGCAUACUUCGUUUCAAACAUCGGCCAGUCGCUCAUCCUCCAAGUGUCUGCACCGAGUUACUUCAAAGUUAUCCACUUCCAAGUUAUCCAGCCGCGAGUGCUUUGAGCAUACCUCGCUCAGAAGUCGUCCUGGCUCUUGUACUUCGAGUGUCUCGAUUAUACUUCAGUUGAAACUCAACCGCGUGGUCGUUGGUUGAAAGUUUAAACGUUAGUAUACUUCGGUUAGGAGUCAUCCAGUCGCGAGUGCCUUGAGUAUACUUCGCCGAGGAGCCAAUUAGCCGCUUGUACUUCGAGUGUCUCGAGUAUACUUCAGUUGAAAAUCAACCAGUUGGUUAUUAUCUGCAAGUUUAAACGCAUACUUUACUUACAAACCAACCAGCUGCUCGUCAUCCGAACACCGUCUACCGCGUAUACUUUACGUAGGAGCCAAUCAGCCUCUUGAACUUCACGUGUCUCGCGUAUACUUCAACUGGAAGUCAACCAGUUGCUCGUCAAUCGAUCGUCCAUACGUAUACUUGAGUCAUCCAGUUGCGAGUGCCUUGAGUGCUCUCUGCUUAACCAGCUGCUCGUCAUCUACACGUAUACUUAGUAGUCAACCAACACCGAGUGCCUUGAGUAUACUUCAGUUGGAAGUGAACCAGUUGGUGAUUAUCUAAAAGAUUAAACGUAUACUCUGCUUAAAAGCCAACCAGCUGCUCGUCAUCUACACGUAUAGUAGUCAACCAACCCCGGGUGCUUCGAGUAUACUUCAAUUAGAAGUGAACCAGUUGAUCGUCACUUCCUUUACUUAUAAAUCAACUAUUCAUCAUCCGAACACCGUCUACACGUAUACCAAGGAGCGAACCGACGCUCAGGAGUCGUCUACCCUCUCGUACUUGAAGUGUCUCGAGUAAACUUCACUUGGAUGUCAAUCAGUUGAUCGUCAUCCGAAAUCUAAAAAAGGAAAACUUCACUUAGGAGCGAACCAGCCUCUCUUGUGUCACCUUUGUCUCGAGUUGCGACAAUCAGGCAACCCGUAUCCAUCGCCAGCCAUGCCUGAGACCAAGCAAUGAGUCCACGGCCGACGAGGGAAUCGUGACUAUCGGAUUGCUCGUGACUCCCAAAGACUUCAGGGUCGUAAUCUCGUCGAACCGGUGGGAAUAGCGAAUUAACCGCGACAAUGCCAGCCUGCACCAGCGAGAACAUCUCCAAGCGGUGGUCCUCGAGCCCUCCUAUCUCUAGGAGCAGCAGCGUGUCGCCGUUGGGCCCUAGCACGCCUCUCUCGACGUCUCCGCCUCUGGUUUCGCCGAUCUCGACUCUGAAACGCUCGAUGUCCAACAUCUCGAACGCUUCGAAUCCUCUGGAUGGUUCCCCGUCGUCGAACAGCUCGGACGCGCCAACGGUGAUAUUCUCGCCUCGUCGCCGUCAUCAGCACCAACAUCAAAGGCCGGCGACGAGCUGCCAAGCUCCGGGCCAGACGGGAUCGACACAGGGACAGAAUCACAAUCGAAACGACUCGUUGCUGGUGAGGAUACUGACCGCGUACAUCGGGUUCCUGUUCGGGAUCGUGCAGGGUGUCGUCAGCGUGAUCAGUUACGCGAUAUGGGCGCCAGCUCUAUGGGCUUCCGUCUGGGUGUACAUGAUCUGGGUGAUAUUCCAGCUGCCCCUUACCGCCCUCAAGUGGUUCAUCACCGUUCUCCAUACCCCGGCCUCGGAGAGGGCUCGAAACAAACGGUGCGUGUUGAUCAGCGGCGGUAGCACCGUGCAAGCGGUCCACCUGGCCAGGAACUUCUACAAGGCGGGCGCCAGGGUGGUGAUCUGCGAGCUGGAGGGUCUGUUCGGGCUGGCCAAGUUCUCCACGGCGUGCUCCAAGUUCUACACGAUACCGAAACCGGGCCCUGGGAACGUGAUCGAGUACAUCACGGCGUUGCGCGACAUCGUCCAGAAGGAGAAGGCUGCCUACUACAUUCCCGUAAGCGCGACCAACACGGCCUACUACGACGCGUUGGCGAAGACUUACCUAGAGGUAAUGGGUUGUCAGUGUUUCGUGCCGGGUGCCAGUGAGGUGGCAGCUCUGGACGACACCCUGGAGUUGCUGAGAAGAUGUCGCGCUCUGGGUCUAGCUACCCCGAGUCACACAGUGCUCCGCUCGGCCCAGGACGUCGCGAGACUCUACGAGCAGAACGCGUUGAGCGGACCCGGCAGGUACCUGUUGCUGCCCGCCGGGCCAGCUGGGAUGAGGGACAGGACCGAGGUGGUCCUGCCCCCCACCGUCAGGGAGUUUCUGAACCAGCAGCACGAGAUCAGCGAAAGUAAGCCGUGGGCUGUGAUACGGGAUCCGAACGGUAAACAUUACGUUACCUGCACCACGGUGAAGGAGUCGAGGAUCGUGGCGAACGUCACCUGCCUCGUGGACGAGGAGCGAGGGUUGAUUCCAGAGGAACGACCCGAAGUGGCCCGAUGGCUGGAGAGGUUCUUCAGCCGCACCUUCGGCUCGAGGAUCAACGGCCAUCUCAGCUUCAGGCUGGUCGUUUCGGAGGGCGAGCUGGUGCCUAUCGGGUGCCGCGUGGGCGUCAGCCUCCCUUACAUAUGCCACACGGGCAUUCACCCUCGGCUGGUGUGGAAACCGUGCAGACACUUCUCCAGACAAAACUCCGGGAUCCUGUCGACCACCGAAAGACACACGCUGCCGGACGUGAUGGCCAAUCUGGUGAAACGGCAGACAGAGACGGAGCCUCAUCUCCUGGGCACGGUGCUCGAUAAACGGGAGGCUCUGUUCACCUAUUGGGACCCGUUGCCCUACUGCGCCUACUAUCAUCUUCAGCUACCCUUCAGGCGCCUGGCGGGCAUGAUCAGGGCCCAGCCUGCUCAGCACAAUCCACCCUUGGCGGUAGUGCAAUAAUCAAUUCUCGACUUCUCCUCGUUAACUCUGAUCCGAAGUUACAAAGUCUGUGGACUAUGGUCACGGUGGACGUACGAGGAGUUUUGGGACUUUAUUUGAUACAGUACGAUUUAUAGUACUCGAGUAAGGGCGUACUGGGUUUGGUACAGUGUUGGGCAAAAUCGUAAUCGCGAAUACGAAUCGCAAAUACGAAUACGAUUGUAAUCGAAUGUUUGCGAGUUGCGAUUACGAAUAUUUCGCAAUUAUAUAAUUAUAUCGCAAAUUGUUCUGUUAUUACGACCGUAUUUUUAAAUGUUUGCAGUCACAGAAAUGCUGUACCUCAAAACCGACGUCAGAUUCGUGUUCCUCGCAUUAAAGAACUUAGAAAACCACGCUUUCGUCAAAAUAAAAUUUUUUAGCAAAGUUAACCCUAUCUAGGCUCUGCUCUAUGGGCACGAAUUUUAAUUGAAAAUCUUUCAUUUUUUAUUUCGACGAAUGUAUGGUUUUCUAAGUUUUUUUGGGGCGAGGAACACGAAUCUGAAGUCGGUUUUGAGGUAAAGAAUUUCCAUGGCUGUAAACCUUUAAAAAUACCCACCGCACAUGUGUGGUGGGUACUUCUGAAAUCGCUAAGCCGCGUAGCAGGAUUCAACGGCGAAACGGAAAAUCGACACGCUCGAAUCACGUGCAAUCGAGACGUCGUAUUCGUAAUCGCAACUCGGUAAGAUGCGGUCACAAUCGUAAUCGUAAUCGCAACUCGAAAACAUUCGAUUAAAAUCGUAUUAGUAUUUACGAUUACGAUUUUGCCCGUCACUGGUUUGAUAAGGAGGGAGUAAAGGUUGGAAGGACUAAAAAAAUUAAUUCUAAAAGUUAACCCUUUGCGCUCGAAUGCCGCCUCUAGGGCGACGUACGUAAUUUAAGAGUGAUUAAUUGAAAUAGUUUUCAGUUUUACAGAAAUUCUAUCGAAAAUCGUCUCGAGCGCAAAGGGUUAACUGCGAGAAGUCCUGUAGGUCGUAUGUGGUCGACGUGGGGGUUAACGUGUUAAAGAGCGAACGUUCGAGUCGUCUUCGUGGCAGUAUUCGGAGACACGUUCGACCAGAAGGAGAAAAACGUCCCGCGAGAACGUAGGAGGAGGAAUCCGCGCGAGGGAGCGAUUCAAAGGUCAAGUUCGUCUCCCUAUCGACGCGAAACGCACAUGUGUGGUGGGUACUUCUGAAAUCGCUAAGCCGCGUAGCAGGAUUCAACGGCGAAACGGAAAAUCGACACGCUCGAAUCACGUGCAAUCGAGACGUCGUACGCGUCUGUUUCGCGAGCCGCGAUUAAUUUUUAACGCGUGUUGUCCCUAUCAGCGGCGAAACGCCGCGAUGGCGAGGGAGAGGACGUCUCCUAACGUUUUAUUAUUGGCGGCGGAGAUGUAGAUUCGACAGGACUCGAACGACGAGGGAAAUGCGACACGCGAUUAUUUAUUUGCUCGAUUUAAAUUCAGGCAUGAAUUUAUAUUUAUAGAGGUUUGGUAGAAAGUUUCAAGUAUCGAUUACCGAAGCAAAAGCGCUAGGAGAGUACGAGGUCUAUCUAAUCGUUGCGCAACGCAUCUUCCUAUAAACGUUAACGAUAAAUUAUUUAAAAUAGAUAUUUCUAAAAUAACUUUCCCUUGAAACGUUUAAUCGAACGUUGCGCAAAUUAUACAACGUCGUUAUCAACGUCGUUCAUCGCUCGAACGAAAUCUUGCUUACUAUUCGAGAGUAAAACUCACGAGUAAAAGUGUCGUCGUAAAAUUAGUGUCGUUGUAAAUAUUAGUUAGGCGCUUGUUCAAUAAUAAAUACUAUGCGCCAUGGUCGUUCAAUUCGCGAGAUUUCUUCCUGUAUUUUGUUUUUCAUUGUUUUCCCGUCGGAUAAGUAACGAAUAAACGCGCGCUUCCCCCGAGAACGUUUUAACAUUGUAUAUUUUAUAUUUAAUUUCGCUCGCAGCCAGUUUUCGUUCAGCAUAAGUUUACGGUAAGUUUGUAAAUAACGUGACUGUAGAUUGCGUAGGUUAAGCACAUUCCACGGACGCCCAGAGAGGUGUCGGAGGUGUCGCUCUCCGGAUUCUCGCGAAUGCGUCCUCGCAGAAUAUCUGUAUUUAUAGUAUUUCCAUAUCUUAUAAGGAGUUGAACGAUGUGGUUCGUGUAAAUAUGCGUAGCAGACGUCGCGAAGUUAGCGAGUCAAUAAAACGUUUUUUAACUUAA